AUGGCCUCGCUAGGUAAUAUAUCAAAUGACCACAUCGACUUACAUGAACCCCUUGUUUUUAGCACUGUAGUGGAGAACCACAAUAACACAGAAGUCACAGAAUUUGUUUUUGUUAUGUUUAGAUUCUCUUCCUAUCUUCAAUACUUUGUAUUCUCAAUAUUCUUGUUAUUAUACACUCUUCUUCUGAGUGGGAACAUAUUGAUCAUGCUGACCAUCAAGAAAGACUACCGCCUUCAUAACCCAAUGUACUUCUUCUUAGGUAAGCUGUCUUUUAUUGACCUCUGCUACUCCUCUGUAACUGUACCCAAGAUGCUGGUGGAUUUCCUAUCUACGAGGAAAACCAUUUCAUUUAAUGGCUGUAUCACACAGCUCUACUUCUUUCACUUCUUUGCCUGUGCAGAAUGUUUUAUUUUUACUGCAAUGGCAUAUGAUCGCUAUGUAGCAAUUUGCAACCCUCUACAGUACUCCGUUAUUAUGAACAAACAGCUUUGUCUGUGGAUGGUCGCAGCAACCUGGGCUAUUAGCUUUGUCCACUCCAACAUUCAGACAACACUAACUAUGGGACUGCCAUUCUGUGGCCCCAAUACAAUCAACAGCUUCUUUUGUGACAUCCCUCCUCUAAUCAGGCUGGCAUGUACUGACACCACCAUGAUUGAUGCCAUGAUUGUCACCAACAGUGGCAUUGUAUCAUUGGGCUGCUUUUUAUCUGUUUUAAUAUCCUAUAUUGGCAUUGGCAAAACUAUAUUCAAAAUAAAAACAUUUGAAGGGAGACAAAAAGCCUUUUCAACCUGUAUCGCACAUCUUACAGUGGUGACCUUUUUCUUUGGACCUUGUGUCUUCAUUUACAUGAGACCAUCGAAAAGUUUUCAAUCUGAUGAAGUUGUGAUGGUGUUCUAUACUAUCAUAGCACCGAUGAUGAAUCCUUUUAUCUACACCUUGAGGAACGAGGAAAUGAAAAAUGCAAUGAAAAAACUUUGGGGGAGAAAAACAUAA